GAGAUUCCAUCCAAGUGCGCUCGAGAAAAGGGAUUCUAUCCAAAGCUGGACACACGCAAAAGGGGAGGGGGGGAGAGAGAGAGAGAGACUGGGACAGAAACAAACCCAAAUCCAGGCCCAACAGCUGCAGCGAACACGCCCUUCUGCCCCCCUCUUCUUCCUCCCUGGGGGUUUCUUCCACGGGCAAAGCCGCCGCCUGAUGAAGAGUAAAUCCGCCAAGAAGGCCGCCGACGAGGAUGAGGCCAAGUCCAAGAAGAUCCGAUCCUCGCGCGGCAAGCGUCGGAGUGUCCGCCACAGCCGCAGCCGCUCCCCUUCCCCCGACGGCUCCAGCUCCAGUUCCCCACCCCGCAAACGCUCCAAGAAGCCCACCAAGAAGAUUGUUGACAAGAGGAGCAAAAAGAGCAAGGGCAGUGGCAGCCGCCGCGGACGCCGCCGCAGCCUGAGUCCAAGCCGUAGCCCCAGCGGUAGCCCUUCCUCGGUGUCCAGGAGUCACUCCCGCCGCAGCCACCAUAGCAUUAGCAGCAGCAGUGCCUCAGACUCUGAGAGGUCAGUGAGCCCACUGCCUAAGAGCCACUCCAAAGAUCCUAGGAAGAAGAAAGGAAGGGGGAGGGACAAGGAUCGAAAGAGGAAGCGGGUACGGAGAUCAAGGAGCUACUCGAGCAGUCCAGCCAGGAGUGGCAGUAGCCGGAGCAGGAGCAGGAGCAAGAGCAUAAGUAGGAAGCGGAGGGCGGACGGCAUGAGACAUGAUGCAAGUAGGGACAGGGUUGUACAGGACUAUGACAAGUGCCAGGAUCCGCAGAAUGAGAAGAGAUCUGUUGAGGAUGUUUAUAGUGAUGAGGACGCGGUUGCUGACGAUUAUGAGAAGAAUGUGGAGCUGAAGGAGAUGGAAAGCCCACCUUCCAAGGAUGCUCAUGAAACGGGUGAGAUCUUACCUGUUAGUUGCGAAAGCCCAGAGGUUGAGGAGGAUUUGGAGCUCAUUCUCAGGCAGAAAGCUCUUGAGAACUUCAGGAAGUUUAAGGGAGCCGUGGCCAUGGUAGGCAAGACAGAAAACAAUGGUACAGGGAAGGAAGUACUAACAGAUAGCCCCCGGAAUACUGUCACAAAAUUUCCUGAAGCAAGGUCUGCUGUUGCCCCUUUUCAGAGGCAGGGAAACAAUCUUGGAGUUGGCCACUCUACUCGAUCACCUGAAUUUGAAGAUUUUGAGAAUGGUAGGAGUCCUUGGAAGCAGGAAACGACUCACAGGGAUAGAUCACCUGGAAUACUGGAGGCUGGUGAUACUUGUGGUCCUACUCAACAGCUGGGAAGCGGACUAGAAGAGAUACGUUCAACUUCUCAUAUCACUUCACAUGAUGGUAGGAAUGGUGGUAGUGUAAUGCAAAGGUUGGGAAGCACCCUCGCGAGUUCUGGUAGUAUAAAGCAAAGGUUAGGCAUCAGCUCAGUGGUGAGUCAUGUGCAAGCAAGACCCAGAGUUAGAUCAGUUGUGAGUAUACCCUCCAGGGAAGGGCUUGAUGGCAGUACAUUUACAACAAUCCCUACAGCUUCUGAGAAUCCUGCCUCUGUCGAAAGCAGUAGUGAAAGCCAGGCAGCAGGGACCGAGGACAAAGAUGGUUCUCAGUUUGAGAAGAGGACUUUCUCUAGGAUGCAUGAUGGAGAGACAGUGCAGUGUACUGGUCUACUACAUGUUGUGUUUUGUGGUUUAAACUUUGCAACGAUGGCAUGCCUCGGAAUAAUCCGCAGUUUGGAGAUUUAUGUGCCGUUGCAGUUCGAAAUGAUGAAGAUCAUUGUUUAUUUGGAGUUGAUCACCGAAGGUAGUGGUAACAGAUUAGGCAAGGCGCUCUUAGUGUCGUCCUGGGUUUCAUGGCACAGAAAGAUUUCCGAAUUCGGACUUGGACAGAUUUCGCCGUCAGUUCCGAGACCUUGGAGAGGGGGACGGCCGGAUCAUGCAGGGAGUCUGGCUGUCCGUCGCUACAAGAGCGGCCUCUUCCGGCCUCCACCAAACCAACCAAGCAAUCGAGCCAAACAAGCUCACCUUCCAACAGUAGCUGCCGAAGCAAAUCAACAUGGCGAGCGGCACGAGGGAUCUCGGCGUGGCGCUUGCCGUCCUGCUCCUGCUGUUCAUGCCCGGGGCGUCUGCGGUCGUCCCAGCAUCGACGCCACGCGGACCCGGCACCUGCCGCUGCCGCCUGGACUGCUGCGCGGCCCGGAGAGCGUCGCCUUUGACGACAAAGGCAACGGCCCAUACAGCGGCGUCUCCGACGGCCGCGUCCUCAAGUGGAACGGCGACAGGCUCGACUGGACGACGUACACUUACAGCCCUGGAUACAGCAGCGAGGCGUGCACGGCGUCCGUCCGCCGCCCCGAGACCGUGACCGAGAGCCGCUGCGGCCGUCCGCUGGGCCUGCGGUUUCACCACAAGUCUGGCUACUUGUACAUAGCCGACGCCUACAAGGGGCUCAUGAGGGUCGCGCCAGGAGGCGGGGAGGCGACGGUGCUCGUCACGGAGGCCGAUGGCGCUCCUCUCCGCUUCACCAACGGCGUGGACGUCGACCAGGUGACCGGUGAAGUCUACUUCACCGACAGCUCUAUGAAAUAUCAAAGGUCACAGCACGAGAUCGUAACAAGAACCGGGGACUCCACAGGCCGCCUAAUGAGAUAUGAUCCACGCACAGGAAAAGUGAUUGUGCUAAAGGCCGGCAUCACUUACCCCAAUGGUCUCGCCAUCAGCGCUGAUCGGACACACCUCGUCAUCUCAUCGACCGGGCCGUGCAAGUUGCUGAGGUACUGGACCAAAGGUCCCAAGACAGGGUCGAUCGAACUGUUAACUGAUCUACCGGGCUAUCCUGAUAACGUGAGCCCGGACAAGAGAGGAGGAUACUGGGUGGCAAUACAUCGUGAGAAGACAGAACUCCCCUUUGGCGUCGAUAGCCAUCUACUUGCCUUGAGGAUCACCGCUGAUGGAAAAAUAAUCGAGAAGAUGAGAGGACCCAAGGGCAUGAGGCCAACAGAGGUGGUGGAACGGACAGGCGGUAGACUAUUUGUGGGAUCCGUUGAGCUUUCUUAUGUGGUCGUGGUCACCCGCAAAUAGAGAUUAAUUCAAGUUCUGUAAAGGAUUUGCAUUGAGCAUGCUCUUUUUUUCAAUGUCAUGUUCUGCUUUUCUUUCCUAUUUCAUUUGUUCCAUAAGUGCAUUUUGUUAGAUGAGUCUUAGUUAAACGAUGAUUUUCUGUUUCAGUAGCAUGUCUCCAUGGAGUCUUUAUUAAAGCUAUAAACGAAUAC